AUGUUCGAGUUCCCGGAAUAUAUGGUUUGCCAUGCAGACUCAUUCUUUAUAGGCCAUCCAGUCCCUGCACUCGCCAUUGAUGAUAAGCUCAUGAAAGGCCAAACCUACUUUGUUCUUCCAAUUACUUGCUUCACACGCAAUGUCCUAUCAGCUUCUUGUUUGGCUGCCUUGGGAUCUAAGUACCCUAAACCUACUGCCAUUAAUUUUAAGGACUGCCCGUUUGAAUAUUUGAAGGGUUCAAACGGAAGGGUUUUAAUCAAAGUCAUGCCUGAAUUCAUCACCAAACUCAUUACAAAAGAACCGGAAAUUGGCAAUGAAUUGAAUAAUCCUGUAGGGAAUAGUUUUUUAUGCAGUACCCCAGAAUUGCAGAAGCAUUAUAGUCAAUUGGUUGGGUGUAAUAAAGAUCAUGUAUGGUCACCCAAUCUUGAGACAAUCUCAGAGUACAAAAUCAGAUAUUCUCCGUGCAGAUUUAUGGGGCUGGAAUGGAAGCAGAAAGAGACCGAAGGUUAA